AUGGCCAAGUACAUUAAUAAGCUCGAGGGCCACCGCGUCCUCGUCCUCGGCGGCUCGACCGGCAUCGGCUUCUGCGUCGCCGAGGCCGCUCUCGAGCACGGCGCGCACGUCGUCAUCAGCAGCUCCAGUCAGAAGAAACUCGACAAGGCCGCCGCACGCCUCCGCGAGCACGCCCAGGCAGUUGGCGUGUCGUCGACCGUCACGGCCCAGACAUGCGACCUCGGCAACCCCGACACAGUCGAGGACAACAUUGUCCAGCUGCUCGAGUUUGCUACACAAGAGGGCAAGCUCGACCACGUGGUCUUCACGGCCGGAGACGCCAUCAACGUCAUUCCUCUCAAGGACAUUACCGUGGACAGCCUCCAGAAGCUGGGUACCGUGCGCCAGGUCGGGUCUGUCAUGCUCGCCAAGCACCUGCCCAAGUACAUCAACAUCAGCGUCCGCAGCUCCUUUACCCUUACCAGCGGGACAAACGCUUGGCGGCCCGCUCCGGACUGGGCCGUCAUCGCCGCCGGGGGUGGCGCCUCGGAGGCGUUUGCGCGCGGGUGCGCCAUCAGCUUGCGGCCGGUGCGCGUCAACUGCAUCAUGGUCGGCGCCGUAAAGACGGAGCUUUUUGACAGCAUACCUAAGGAGCGCAUGGACGCCGUCUUGGAGAGUAUGAGGAAGGAGGGCAUCACGGGGACGGUCGGGCGGCCGGAGGAGGUCGCCGAGGCAUACCUCUACUGCAUGAAGGACACCUUCACCACGGGCGGCAUAGUCGAGUCGAACGGCGGGCGCCUGGUGGGAGACAGCAAGACCAGCUUCCUAUUCGAGUAG